AUGGCUGGAGGAGUCAAAAAGAAGAAAAAGGCGCAAGCGGAGGUCAAAUGCCUUUGCUCAGCCACAAAAAGUUACAAAGUAGGCGGCGAAGAACCGUCACAGUUAAUGAUGGAGGAGCUCGCCCCACAAAGUGGAUCAGUUACAGACGCCCAAAUUGCCACGAUUGGGAAAAGUAAGGUUAUUUUUAAGCCAACUGGUGGGGAGAAAGUGGUACCAAAAAUUCCUUACAAAGAUAUCGUGGAAAUGCGCCAGUUCAAUGCUGAUUUGAAAGUUUGUGUGGUAAGAGUGGAAAAGAAGAAAGUUGGAAUCUUGGUCGUGCUGAAAUUCUCCACAGAAGAUGAAUGUAAGAAUUUUAUGUCUCUAGUAAAGGGCAAGAAUUCGAAGGUGAUGGUGAGCAGAAGUACGACUCAAACUAGACAAACAGUGCAUGACACUCUGGUAACACAACGGGAGCCAAAUGGUACUGCUGCACUUCCAAUAUCGCCCUCUCCUGUUCUGUCACACCAAUCAUCUCCUAUUUCUACGAAACAACAGCCCUUAAAUCGCAGCAUUGCCCACAGUCCUAUCAAUCGUAGCAAAUUAGUGAGCACCUUAUCAACCAAACCGAAGGUGCAUACGGAUUUGCAACAUCCUUACAACACGGAAACAUCGAGAAUCGAGGCAGUAAUCACAACAAGUUCUUGGAGUGUGUUAUUUAUCUCACGAGGAACUUCUCCACCCUCUGUAUCUAUACAUCAACAACAGACCUCUCAAGUUCAAAAGAAGCCGUUGAUAUCGCGGGGCACAGAAAUGAUAAAUCAGCGCAGGAAAUCGUCCUCCUCUUCGCUAAGCCUAUCCACAGCUCUAGAUCAGCAAAAAUUGGAAUCGGAUAAUCGAAUGAGCCAAAGGUAUCCCAAAAGAUCUUCUUCGUCUGGAUCUCCCAAAUCACACAGCUGGGGACGUCGUAAAAAGUCGAAUCUGAGGAGUCGUAAAAAACAUAAAAGUACUAGAAAAUCCUUCUCCUCCAGUUCUUUUAGGUCACACGAUAUAAGGCGCCAAAAUCAGUCCACAAUGCAGAAUCGUCAAGGUUCACUGCACCGAAGAAAAUUGUCUGUUUCAUCGAAUUCUUCUUUCAAUAAAUGGAUUCGCCAGAAUAAAAUCAAAUCUGCGAAUCACGUAGGAGGACUACACAAAGUUUCCUUAAGCAUAUCAAGCUCCUAUUCUUCUAGUGAAUCUAAAGAGCGGGACAAAUCAAAACCACGAAAUCAUGAUGGUCAAGCUUCUAAGGAAAAUUUUCCAAUUUUAUACUUCAAAAUAUGGAGUCAUAAAUGUUCUUGGUUAAAAUUUGUGUUUCACCGCAUAUUGCAAAGCCAUUCCAUUAUUGAGAAAAAUCUACCCUAUUUAAUUUUAAUUUGA